AUGGCCCCUACAGGACAAGAUGCACCUGCCUAUACCGACAAUACACGUUUGGUAAUAACAAGGGACGUUGAGGGCUCUAAGCGUGUCCAAGGAACACAGACGACCUGGGGGAAUCACGUGUUGAGGGCUAACUCUGUUGUCUACACUAAGGGCGACAAAGUGCUUGCCCCCCGAACCUCGAUCAAUACGGACCCUCAUCUAUCACUCCAAGACUACACCUAUAAGCUUCAGACUACGUUCCCUGAGGUUGUUGAAGAAGCGAAUCUGAGCAAGACUCUUUAUGUCGGAUCCAUGAAUCCGAACAAAAUUCCUCACCUAGCCCUAUCUGCGACCAAGAACGGCCCUCCUAAUAGCAAUUUCUACGGGCGCGGGCAAAGGGUCUACAUUCGCCCAGGGUUCGGCCCUUUCAUCUAUCAAAUCGGCCAUAGCACGUUGUCGCUGAAGGCAGGCGACCUGAUCCAGCUUGAGGCAGAGGCCACUACCAAAUCUGAUGCCAGGCUCAAGGAGGAAUUGAGUAUUCCAAAUACCUACUAUCUUCAAGUGUAUAAGGUGGAGUUGCGUAAGGUGGCAAAGACCAUGGAAUGGCGCUCCAAGCAUGCUGUCGCCCAUCAGGAUUUGCAGCUUGUCUGA